UCCCAGACAGACAUUUUUAGAAACAUCUCGAACUUUCUCUGCGACUUUAUAAAGGGUAGAACCACAGCGAGUCGAGGUUACCGGGUCCGCAAGAGAAUUCUGCAUGGAAUAAUUUCGAGUGGAGAUGAACUGAACACAUCUGGACAACUGAGGCCGCUGUCUACUUUUGUUUUUGGCAAGAGGAGCAACUCUGAUUAAAAAUAAAAACCGUGCCUGAUGGUGAAAAUGGGGAAGGAUUAUUACAGUGUUUUGGGGAUUCAGAAGGGCGCAUCCGAUGAUGAAAUCAAGAAAGCAUACCGCAAACAAGCGCUCAAAUACCAUCCGGACAAGAACAAGUCACCGGGCGCCGAGGAGAAGUUCAAGGAGGUCGCUGAAGCUUAUGACGUGUUGAGCGACCCGAAAAAGAAAGACAUAUAUGACCGAUUUGGCGAAGACGGGCUGAAGGGAGGCAUCCCUGGCGGUGGAGGUGGUGGCAGUAAUUUCACCUACACAUUCCAAGGCGACCCUCAUGCAAUGUUUUCAGAAUUUUUCGGUGGACGGAACCCUUUCGAACACAUUUUCGGCCGCAACGGUGGCAUGGAUGAGAACAUGGAAACUGAUGACCCUUUCGCUAGUUUUGGGAUGGGCGGCAUGGGUGGUUUCCCCCGGAACUUAGGCACACACGGUCAUGGCGGGAGACUGGAGAAAAAACAGGACCCUCCAGUGACCCAUGAACUUAGGGUCAGUCUAGAAGAAGUGUUCACUGGCUGCACAAAGAAGAUGAAAAUCUCUCGCAAGCGCCUGAAUCCUGAUGGAAGAACGACGCGCACCGAAGACAAGAUCCUUACGUUAGAAGUUAAGAAAGGAUGGAAGGAGGGAACCAAGAUUACUUUCCCCAAGGAAGGUGAUGAGACUCUGACAAAUAUCCCUGCUGAUGUAGUGUUUGUGGUGAAGGAUAAGCCGCAUCCUGUUUACAGACGAGAUGGAUCGGACAUCAUUUAUCCAGCUAAAAUUUCACUCAAAGAUGCACUCUGUGGUUGCACGGUUAACGUUCCAACAUUGGAUGGUCGCAAGGUCACAGUAACGUCUCAGGACCUUGUCCGGCCUGGAAUGAAACGGCGUGUCACUGGGGAGGGUCUUCCCCUUCCAAAAUCCCCAGAUCGCCGUGGGGACCUAAUUGUGGAAUAUGAAGUUAAAUUCCCUGAAAGGCUGAGUCAGAGUGCCAAGGACACAAUCGCAAACGUUUUGCCAGCUUCUUGAGAUGUUUUUCUAACUAUAUUUAGUUUUUCUAUGAUUUCAAAGUAGCUCAUCAGGCAUCCCAAACAAGUUAUCCUUGAGCCGCUGACAUUUUUGGAGCACUGCAUUGAAGAAUUUAAUUAUUCUGUUAUGCAAUGCCAAUGAGAGACUAUUUGAUCAAAAACAAAGCUGGAUUAGACUUGCUUUUUGCAUCUUCGCUAUGUACAUUUUGAACCUAUAGGGUUCCUUGGGGUCUGGAACAGCCGAAAUCCAUGCGUUCACUUCAUCUGCGCCUAUUGGCUAGUGUUUGAAUGUGCACUACAAAGAAAGACAGUCGAGGUUUUCUUUCAUUUCUGUAUUUCACCAAUGCUGUCUGAUGGAGCUGUUUUGUGAUAUCAUUAAAAGUGAUCUACAUAUAUAAUGUAUAAUAUAAUGGUGGCCCCAAAGUUGAGGCAUUUCUAAUUAUUUUAGAGGUUAUGCAUACACUGCUUGGAUCUCUGAGUCUGAUUUAUGUUUUAAAACAACAUUAAUAAUUAAAAGGUUGUGGGAUAUUUAUACAAUCACAUAGCUGUGUAUCUGAUAAUACCAGUAUAUGUUUUGGAGACAUAUGUUUGAUUAUCCAAAGUAUUUAAUUUAAAAAUAUAGGAACAUAUCUCAACAGUUUUUGAAUGAACAUCUUUUCCCACAGUCUACUAAAAUAGCCUGUGUUUGGCUAGUAACAUGUGUAUUAAAUCAUUUGACGGCGCCGUCAUUAUCUUUUUAUUGACACUAUAUUUUUAUCUUUGGUAGAAAUGCAAUUGCUAAACUUGGGAGAAUGUGAUACUACGUGUUUUUGAACUGAAUGUUUUUAUGAGAAGAUUGUUUGAAAGGAAAUAAAAAUGUAUUUUU